AUGACAUCUGAAAACAAAAAACAAAAAAGAACAGCUAUUAGUGAUGAAAUAAAGCAUGAAAUUUGUGAAUUUCAUACCAAAAAUUCACACUUAUCUCAUAUAGAUAUUGCAUUACACUUUAACCAACUUCAUAACUUUGAUAUUAAAAGAACAACCAUUAGCAAAAUCUUAAAAGAUAAAGGACGAUGGCUUUCUGCUAUUACAAAUCCUCCAAUUCCAACUUAUAAACACCAUAAUUCUAAUUAUAAUUGUGAAGAUUUAAAAGUUUUUAGAAAAUAUUUGAAAUUAAUGAAUCUUAAAUUAAUAGAAGACAAAAAACAAACUUCUAUUAAUACCUUUUAUAGUAUAGCAGAAUAA